AUGCCUCGUGCUGAAGCAGGCAGCACCAAAGCAAUCAGCAAUAAAAUCAAGCAACGUGGGCUGACAAGACUGAAAUGGUACUGCCAGCCGUGCGAAAAGGCAUGUCGCGACGCCAACGGGUUUAAAUGCCACGUCCAGAGCGAGUCACAUGUCCGGCAGAUGCUCUUGAUUGGAGAAAACUCCAAAGCGACCAUUGACCAAUACUCAGCCGAAUUUUUGCGCGAAUUUAUCAGUCUAUUAAAGACGACUCACCAGGAGAAAAAAGUGAAUAUAAAUCAUUUCUAUCAGCAAGUGAUUUCGAAAAAAGACCAUAUUCAUAUGAACGCGACGAAAUGGUCGAGUUUAACGGAGUUUUGCAAAUAUCUGGGCAGGGAAGGAAUUUGCAGGGUCGAAGAAACAGAGAAGGGGCUUUUUAUCAGCUGGAUUGAUAAUAGCCCUGAGACCUUGAGGCGCAAAGAGGCGGUUAUGAAGAAGGAGAGGCAGGACAAGGGUGACGAGGAGAGGGAGCAGAAACAGAUUCAGGCACAGAUUGAGAGGAUGAGGAAGGCGGAGCUGGCAAAAGCUGCUGCCGCAGCUGAGAAGAGUGGUAGUGAGGAGGAUAAGGAGCGGGCUGCAGAAAAGUCGAAUUUGUUGUUGGAGAGGAAGGAAGGUGAUAAAGUUAAGCUCAGCUUUGGGGCGCCUAAAGCUGCAGCUACUACCACGACGACGACGACGACGAUGACUGCAUCUGGUCAGACCGAAGAGAAAGCAGAAGAACCGAAAUCAGCAUCAGCAUCAAAACCCGCUAUAUCAUUUUCGUCCUCGUCCGCUUCGACAACCUCCAAACCGAAAAACGUAUUUUCCUCCUCUUUUGCUCCUAAAACGAAUAAUACAGUGAAAAACCCACUAGCAAAUCCCUUGGCAGGCACCAAGAAAUCAACAUUUGUGCCGCAGCAGCAGAAAGUCUCGCAGCAAGAGAUGAUUAUGAAGAGGGAAAUGGAGGCCAUGGAGCGAAAAAAUAAUAAUAAUAAAAGGAUGCCUUCUACUAAUAAUGUCUUUGAUAGUGCGAAGAGGCAGAGGACCGACAAGAAGCCCUUGUUGAUUAUCAUUGAUGCUCUGGAUGAGUGUGCAGGUGAAGCUAACAUUGCUCUUAUUGUUGAUCUUUUGGCUCAAAUCCCUCAGGACUGCGGGAAACGACUGCUUGUGUUUAUGACAAGUAGACCGGACUAUUGCAUUCGUCCAGAGCUCUUUAAGGUUGAGCAUAAAGAAUUCAAGCUGCAAUUUAUCAUUAAGAAUGUCACGAAUGGCGAUAUAAUCCUCUAUAUUACAAACUAUAUUACAAAGGAGUUCAAGAGUAUGUCCAUCAAGGUCCAGGCUGGACGUGAAUGGCCUGGGAAAAAUGCCAUCGAUAGUCUUGUUGAUGGUGCAGCCAGUCUGUUCACCUGGGCAGCGCUGUUGAUACGUUGA